AAUCUGCUCUGACCCCCCAAGAGUGCAUCACAGUCUGGGAAGAAAGGCAUAAGGAUGGUGAAGCUGAACAGUAACCCCAGUGAGAAGGGAACCAAGCCGCCUUCGGUUGAGGAUGGCUUCCAGACCGUCCCUCUCAUCACUCCCUUGGAGGUUAACCACUUACAGCUGCCUGCUCCGGAAAAGGUGAUUGUGAAGACAAGAACAGAAUAUCAGCCUGAACAGAAGAACAAAGGGAAGUUUCGGGUGCCGAAAAUCGCCGAAUUUACGGUCACCAUUCUUGUCAGCCUGGCCCUCGCCUUCCUCGCCUGCAUCGUGUUCCUGGUGGUUUACAAAGCCUUCACCUAUGACCACAGCUGCCCAGAGGGAUUUGUCUAUAAGCACAAGCGCUGUAUCCCGGCCUCCCUGGAUGCUUACUACUCAUCCCAGGACCCCAACUCCAGAAGCCGCUUCUACACGGUCAUCAGCCACUAUAGCGUGGCCAAGCAGAGCACCGCUCGGGCCAUCGGGCCGUGGCUGUCGGCGGCUGCUGUCAUCCACGAGCCCAAGCCGCCCAAGACCCAGGGCCAUUAG